AUGCAUCACGUCGCUACGUCCAGGCAGCUGGUCGACAAGAUCUACGAGAAGCGGAAGGCCGCAGCGCUUGACCUGGAGAAACAAGUGCGAGAAUGCCAUCAGCAAGGCGAACACAAGAGAAUAGGACAGAUCGUUGACCAACUCAUUGAGAUGUUCAGCGAUGUCUCCAACCCUUUGCACAUCCGGAAUGGUGGUUUAAUCGGCCUGGCCGGGACUGCGAUUGCGUUGGGUGUCGAUAUCGCGCCUUACAUGGAGAAGUUUAUUGAACCCUUGUUGAAUUGCUUUUUGGACUCGGAGAGCAGGAUUCGUUAUUUCUCAGCGGAGUGUCUGUAUAACAUUGCGAAGGUGUCCAAGGGGGAGGUCUUGGUUUAUUUCAACGAUGUGUUCGAUGCACUCAGCAAGCUCGCCGCAGAUUCGGAACUCUCGGUCAAGAAUGGCGCUGAACUAUUGGACCGCCUCCUAAAGGACAUCGUUGCAGAGUCGGCCUCGGUAUACGUGCCCUUGUACCCAGAAACUGCGCGAGCUCGUGAAGAACUAGAGGAGAAACAAAGUGUUCUCGUAUUACUCCCACACAGCGCUGAAGAAGGCCCCAAGAAGGCGUUCUCGUUACCACACUUCAUCCCCCUUCUACGCGAACGCAUUCACGUCGUCAACCCGUUUACGCGAAGUUAUCUCGUCAAUUGGAUUACAACCCUCCAUUCCGUCCCCGAACUAGAGCUUAUCACCUACCUACCCGAGUUCCUUGACGGACUUCUCAAGUAUCUAUCAGAUCCUACAGAAGACGUGCGCGUAGCGACAGAGAAUGCGUUGGGGGACUUUAUAGGCGAACUCAGAAAGAUAUAUGAACAUCCCGAUGCACCAGGACGCAAACCUCAUCCUUCGACAUCCCCGCCAGCCGACGCCGCCAGUAACACCAGAGCUGAUAGCAUUUAUGAAAGUGAAACUCGCUCUGCCAAUGGGGACGACUACCACUCCAGGGACGAUGUCAAUCCUUCCACACCCACUGCCGAGGGAAACCAUAUCAACUAUGAGGUCAACGAUCACGACCUAGGAGAGUGGGUGCCUGGGCAAGGCGUUAGAGUUGACUUUCCAGCCAUCCUCGAUAUCCUAUUGCAGCAGUUGGACGGAGAGCACGACGAGAUUCAACAGUCCACUGCACUGACAUGGAUUGCCGAAUUCGUUACACUUGUCCCAGAAGUUAUUGUUCCGUUCACACCGAGGCUGAUUCCAGCCAUCUUGCCCAAUUUGGCACAUCAUGUCCUAAUGAUCCAGCAAGCCGCGACAAAGACGAAUAAGAUUCUCUUCAAUGUCAUUCAGAAACUGCCAAUCGAAGAGCCGACUCCCCCUCCUCCUGCUCCGACCAAAUCAGAGAAGGGGGCUCCGACCAAAUUCCCUCGCUCACCUACCCCAACUAUCUCAGGGCCUGUCCGACAGUCAGCUUUAAGCAAAGAGAUUACCCGUGACCUAUCUACGUCGGAUCUCACCACGACGACGACCCAGACACAACAGGACGGCCCGCCGCCACCUCCUCAACGCACCAGGAGUGCUACUGGCCCUGAUCCUUCAGCUACGCCACGUCCCACGCAGCUUGGAGACUCCACCAAUAGUGGACCAGAUCCGACCCGUUCGCACUCUCCUGCAGCUGAUUCGCUGCUGAGCCAAAGCGGAGUAGCAGGCAAUGUUCAAAGCAUCGGUCCAACGCCCCCUAGCCAUGAUGAUAAUGACCCUUUCGACUAUCAAGCUACAGUUGCGGAGUUGACGAUUCAGUUCCUUAGUGAAUUUGAGGAGACGAGGGUUUCCGCCUUGAAGUGGUUGAUCAUGUUGCAUCAGAAGGUCCCAACCAAGAUUCUGGCAAUGCACGAUGGCACAUUCCCUGCGCUCCUCAAGACGUUAUCAGACAGUUCAGAAGAGGUUAUAAAGCAUGACCUCCAAUUGCUCGCACAGAUUUCCUCCAGCUCGGAAGAAACAUAUUUCAAAGCGUUCAUGAUGAACUUGCUCGAACUCUUCAGCACUGACCGACGUCUUCUUGAAACUCGAGGGAGUCUCAUCAUUCGUCAGCUCUGUGUAAACCUUAAUACAGAGAAGAUUUAUCGCGCUUUUGCGGAGAUCAUAGAGAAGGAAGAGGAUCUCGAAUUUGCCAGUGUCAUUGUUCAGAAACUUAACAUCAUCCUCAUCACCUCUCCUGAACUGGCGGAAUUCCGUAGAAGACUGAAGAGUUUGGAGACACGACAAGAUGGCCAAGCUUUGUUCACCACUUUGUACCGAUGUUGGUGUCAUAAUGCGGUCUCUGUGUUCUCUCUCUGCCUCCUUGCACAGGCCUACGAACACGCAUCGAAUCUUCUGCACAUCUUCGCGGACCUGGAAAUCACUGUUCCCAUGCUGGUUCAAGUUGACAAACUGGUACAACUGAUCGAAUCGCCAGUGUUCACUUAUCUCCGACUUCAGUUGCUAGAACCGGAACGAUACCCGUACCUGUUCAAAUGCCUUUAUGGUCUCUUAAUGCUCCUUCCUCAAAGUAGCGCGUUCGUAUCCCUCCGCAACCGACUUAAUGCCGUGAAUUCUGCCGGGUUCUUGCAUAUUGCACCUAAAUCAACCGUAGCGGCGAUGUCGUCCCGUUCAAAACUAGGCAGAGACGAGAUCAAGUGGCAAGAACUUCUUCAGCAUUUCCGAACGGUUCAAGCGAAGCAUGAGAAAGCUAGAAGGCAGGCUACGGGCGUCGAUACGUCUUUGCCCGGAUUCCACGAGUUUGACAAGAGCAGCGACAGUGGGAGUGCCGAUAGGAAUGUCAAGAUUGGUGGAAGGAUACCAAUGAGGCGGCGAGUAACUGGCGGGGAUUUGGGUACCCCUGCACCUCCACUCCCUAUUCCGAAUAGAGGUGGAGCGCUCUCGCCUUUGAACCCAGCGAAAGGAAGGAUCCUUCCUGGUGGCCCGGGACACCCUGUACAAGCAAACGGCGUGAAUGCUGGGGUUCCACUCACUCAAUCCCAGAAAGCUCGGCGACCAGAACUCGUGCGCAAGUAAACCCUAGAGGCGGGGUGGAAAUUUAUGACUUGUUAUGAUUGGAAACGACACUUAUGCCCUCUCAAUGAUACCUAAUAUCUAAUUG